UUGAUUGAUGAUCACCACAGCAGCUUCUACACAUCAAAUCCCCUGAUCAUGGCCACCUUUUGCUAUGCACCUGGAAAUGUGCUUAUUUCCAUCUUUCUCUUCUUUCUCAUCCCUUUUUCUCACUCAGUGAAUUUCCAGCUUUCCGGGUUCACUCCCGAUGUCACCACCAUUCUCCUGGAAGGCGAUGCAGUCACUUCCCUUGGAUCAAUCCAGUUCAACGAUGUCAGCUACCUUUGCCGCGUGGGACAAGUCAUCUACAAUGGAAAGGUGCCUCUUUGGGACUCCAGCUCUGGAAAACUUGCUGAUUUCACCACUCAUUUUGCUUUUGUUAUCGACACGCCAAACAGGGCGCAAUAUGGCAAUGGACUUGCCUUCUUUCUAGCCCCUGUCGGCUUCCAAAUCCCGCCUAAUUCAGCUGGUGGUUUUUUAGGCCUCUUCAACACCAGCACCAGAGACCAGCCUCAAACGCAGAUCGUUUCUGUAGAAUUUGACUCAUUAGCAAAUCCCGAGUGGGAUCCCCCGUACGAGCAUGUGGGAAUAAAUAAAAACUCGCUUAAUUCUUCGGUAGCAACCCCAUGGAACGUCACUCUGCAUAGUGGAGAUACUGCGGAUGCAUGGAUUGCAUAUAACUCCACUACGCGAAACUUAAGUGUCUUCUGGAGCUAUGGCGGUGGUUCUAACUCCAGCCUUUCGUACCCAAUUGACCUGAAAGAGGUUCUCCCUGAAUACGUCACUGUCGGUAUCUCUGCUGCCACAGGUAUGUACGUUGAACAACACACACUUGAAUCAUGGGAGUUCAGUUCGAAUCUAGAGAUAGCAGCGAGCAAAGGAAAGAUUGGAUUAAUUUUGGGAUUGACUCUUUCGGGGUGUGUUUUAGCAGCUGGGGUGAUAGUAGUAUUUGUAGUGUGGAGAAAACGGAGACAUGGGGUCAGGAACAAAAACACCUCCGAGGGAGUUAACUUGACCUCGAUAAAUGAUGAUCUCGAACGAGGAGCAGGGCCAAGAAGAUUUUCUUACAAGGAUCUCGCGUUCGCUACAAAUAAUUUUUCAGAUGACAGAAAAUUGGGAGAGGGAGGAUUCGGAGGAGUUUACAAGGGGCACCUUAUCGACCUGGAUAUGCCGAUUGCUGUGAAGAAGUUCUCCAGGAGAUCUAAACAAGGGAAAAAGCAGUACGUAACGGAAGUGAAAAUCAUUAGCAUGUUGAGACACAGGAAUUUGGUCCAACUAAUAGGUUGGUGCCAUGGUCAUGGAGAAUUCUUGCUUGUGUACGAGUUCAUGCCAAACGGCAGCCUGGAUCAUCACCUGUUUGGCAAAAGGAAUCCUCUUGGUUGGAGUCUCAGAUACAAAAUAGCCCUUGGUUUGGCAUCCGCCUUGUUAUAUCUCCACGAGGAGUGGGAACAGUGUGUUGUGCACAGGGAUAUCAAGUCAAGCAACGUAAUGCUCGAUUCAAGCUUCAACGUUAAGCUUGGCGACUUUGGCCUGGCUCGACUCAUGGAUCAUGAGCUUGGGCAGCAGAUCACUGGGCUGGCUGGAACGUUGGGCUAUAUGGCCCCCGAGUAUGUGACCACUGGCAGGGCUAGCAAAGAGUCGGAUGUCUACAGUUUUGGUGUUGUGGCCCUGGAGAUUGUUACUGGGAGGAAAUCAGUGGAUUUGCAGUCCGAGAAAGGUUUGGUGCAGUGGGUUUGGGAUCUCUACGGAGAUGGGCAGCUUCUUGCUGCCGUGGAUGAGAAAUUGGGAACGGAUCAUAAUCCAAAACAGGUGGAAUGUUUGAUGCUAGUCGGUCUGUGGUGUGCUUACCCUGACCACAACAUGAGGCCAUCAAUAAGGCUAGCAAGCCAUGUUCUUAACUUUGAAGCACCACUACCCAACCUCCCAGCAAAAAUGCCAGUGUCUACGUAUAAUGCACCUAGAGUACUUCCACCCCUUAGCUCUGGGGGCCAUUCGAUUACUGCCUCAAAUAUCAAUAUGGGUCGAUAAAAGCAUACUCUAAAGUACUUCCUCGAAAUCUUUCUGCAGCAAACUGCUUUUUUAUUUUGGAUUAGGUAAAAACAACGGCAAAAUAAUAUGAGAAUCGGUCUAUGUUACGUGUACUUUAUGAAUCUAAAACAGAAUAAUACGAAAUACCAUUAUUAAUA